CGACCCAGCACGUACAAUAACAUAAAUCACUGUCAGUCCUCCUGUUUGGGGAUCUUGUAACGACAAAAACUGAAAAAAUGUCGUGGAAGGCUGGUCUUUCGCGCUAUUUGCCGUGCGUGAGAUUCUUCGCUUGCCCCGAUAGUCCCUCAUCUCGCGGCGUAAUGACGUAUUACGCUCGCAACUACGAUCAUUUGAAAAUUUUAAACCCGAAUCUGCCUCUCAUGAUACGUACGGUUGAAAACGCCAUGCCGGCCGUCACCACCGAGCUGGAAUGGACUAUUCAAGAUUUGCUGCGCUUUAUGAUUCAGACUGGCCGUUUUCGAGAUACUAACGGAUCCAUCAGUGAAGCACGCGUAGAAGCCGCUAAAGCAUACUUAUCGACGGAUUGGGACAAGCUGUCGAUCGAGCGCUGGAAGUCGCCGGGAUUCGAUCCUGAAAGGCCGGGUUUGGACGAAGACGAGCCUGCAUGGAAGGAGAACCCGCAGAUUCAAGCCAAUCUAGGAACGUUCUUUUCAAUGAAAAACGCGAUGAGUGAACAACUGGAAGUCAUUAAGAGCGGUCCCGACAAUGAGUAUACUCGUGCGGAAAAUGCUCUUCUCAUGUGCCAGCGAGUUGAUUUGUGGUGUGCUGGAGAGAAGGAAGUCGAACAGGCCGUGAUCCAUCUUUAUAAGCUUGGGCGCAAGUUGAACGAGCGUGAGGUUGAGUUACCUUCCUUCAUUGCCGAGUAUUAUCCCGGACCACACAAGGCCCAGUUUUGUAGGAAGCAUAAUCCGAUACCAACCGCAAAUAGAAUGCAGAGAUGCAAGCCCUUACCCGCUACCACCGAUGAGGGUGAGGUGAUGGUGGAAUGUGCAGAAUUGAAGUGA